GGGGUUUUGGCCCAGGUUCUUUGCCCUUUUAACCUGUACCCUUGGUUAAGCCUCCUCCUUAACCAGGCCUCAGUGGAUUUCUCUGUUUAGGGGAUCGGUUGAGGUGAUCCUCCGAAGCUCCAGAGUCAGGAGGGGUGGGCAUCUGCAGCCGCCGCUGUGGCCGGGUCUUGAACUUCUCAGACGGCUAUUCUCAACUCCAAGUGCUAACAGAUCCGGCCUGCGGCCUCCUCCCCCAGCUCUCCCCCUUCCGCGGCCUCAAACCCUCCGAGCGCACGCUUGACCAUGCGCUUUCUCCCGUUUUCCCAGUCCCAGGUUCCCCCAACACUGGCAAAACAUUUCCCGCGCAGUUGGUUAAGCACCCCGAGGUGGGGGCUAGCGCUCCUUCCCCAGCGCAGAAGGCAGAGUAGGCCCAGGAGGCGGAGCCGGGCCUCAACGGGGUUAACCAGUGCAUCAGGGGACAGCCCCGGGCCUCCGUGCUCCCUCUGGCCUCCAUCUAAGUGCCUGCCGCGGGCAAGGGAGGUUGGAGUCCAGCGAAGGAAGGACAGGCGAGGGAGGCGGAGCGGCGCGGAAAGCUGGGACUGAGGCCAGAGAUUAUCAAAGCAGGACGGGGGCCUGGGGCCAAGAGACCCCAGGAUGCAGUACCGAGCCUUCCUCCUCCUCGCCCUCGUCACCUUGGUGGCGCUCACCUCAGCGGUGGCCAAAAAAAAAGACAAAGUGAAGAAGGGUGGCCCCGCAAGUGAGUGCGCGGAGUGGACCUGGGGGCCCUGCACCCCCAGCAGCAAGGACUGCGGUGGGGGGUUCCGCGAGGGUGCCUGCGGGACCCAGACUCAGCGCAUCCGGUGUAAGGUGCCCUGCAACUGGAAAAAGGAGUUUGGAGCCGACUGCAAGUACAAAUUUGAGAGCUGGGGGGCCUGUGAUGGGGGCACCAGCACCAAAGCCCGCCAAGGCACUCUGAAGAAAGCGCGGUACAAUGCCCAGUGCCAGGAGACCAUCCGUGUGACCAAGCCGUGCACCCCCAAGACCAAAGCCAUGGCCAAAGCUCAUUCCCGACUCAGAGCAGACCUGAGGAGAGGCUAACAGGGCAGAGGUGAAUCGGCCACCUUCUCAGCCAAGAAAGGGAAGGGGAAGGACUAGCAGCCAGGCCUGGAUGCUGAGGAGCCCCUGGCCCACACCUCUCUCACAGGCUCAAGGUAGAGCCUGUCAGUGCCUUUUGUCCACUUGUUGUUAGCUUUAUCAAUCAUGCCUGCUUCUUCCCUUCCACUCCCCCACUCACCGCCAAGUGCCCAUACUGGGGAGGAACAGGGAUUCUGGCCAGCUUGAUCCUCCUCCCCUGAAGAGAUUUGAUUCCCUACACCCACUUUUGUUCUUCCCCACAAUGAUGCCAUUUCUAAGAAACUAAUUUUAAAAACCAUUGUUUUUUUUUCCUCAAUAAAAGCUUUCCUUUUAAUAUAUAAAA